AUGUCAAUCCCUGAGAAAACAGAGAAGGGGGAGUCCUUGUCACCGACGCCUUCAAAUGUCGGACAGGUCGGACAGGUCACCGACGCCUAUGCCCAUGAUGCUGUCUUUGGAGAGAUCACAGAAGAUGGUCCCAAUUACCGUAAUGUAGGAUGGCUUGGUACAGCCGUUCUCAUGAUGAAAACACAAAUCGGUCUCGGUGUCCUUUCGAUUCCGGUCGCCUUCGAUGCCCUCGGUAUUGUUCCUGGUGUGAUAGUCCUCAUCGCCAUUGCUACCAUCACAACAUGGUCCGAUUAUAUUAUUGGUGUUUUUAAGAUUCGCCAUCGCGAGGUCUACGGAAUCGACGAUGUGGGCGAAAUGCUGCUGGGCAAGGCAGGAAGAAUUAUUAUGGGAACUGCCUUUGUUCUUUGGUGGAUGUUCACUGCCGGCUCUGGAAUGCUCGGUAUCUCAAUUGGCUUGAAUGCCGUCUCAGACCAUGCUGUCUGCACAGCUGUCUAUGUCGCUGUCGCAUUCGUCGUAGCAUUCGUCCUAGGCAGUAUCCAGACAUUAGGGCGUAUCUCAUGGAUCGCCUGGGUUGGAUUGAGCUGUAUUCUCACAUCAAUUCUCAUUGUUACCGUUGCCGUUGGUAUCGAAGAUCGCCCUGCCUCUGCGCCAACAACCGGCGUCUGGGUCUCCGACUACAAAAUCGUCAACAACGGCUCAUUUUCCAAGGCCAUUUCAGCAGUAACUACGAUUGUAUUUGCGUAUGCUGGUACCCCUGCCUUCUUCUCCAUCGCUUCCGAGAUGCGUAACCCCCGACAGUACAACCGAGCCCUUUUCCUUUGCCAGAGCGUCGUUACUUGCUUUUACAUCGUAGUCGGUGUUGUUAUCUAUUAUUACUGUGGAUCUUACGUUUCAUCGCCUGCCCUCGGAUCUGCCGGAAAGACCGUGAAGAAAGUCAGCUACGGCUUUGCGCUUCCCGGUUUAAUCGCCAGCACAUUGCUCUUUGUGCACAUUACCGGAAAAUACAUUUUCGUCCGUAUCCUCCAAGGAUCUCGCCAUUUGGUCGCUAACACCAUGAUCCACUGGGGCGUCUGGCUAGGAUGUACCUUUGGUGUAUCCCUCGCCGCAUACAUUAUUGCUAGCGCUAUCCCAGUAUUCAGCGAUCUUGUCUCUCUAGUGGGUGCGUUGCUCGGCACACCUAUGUGUUUCCAUCCCAUGGCUGGAAUGUGGCUGUAUGACAACUGGAGUCGACCUAAUAGGAACUGGAAGUGGACUGCGAUGGUUGCUUGGUGUGGUUUUGUUCUUGUUUCUGGAACCUUCCUCAUGAUUGCUGGUACAUAUGGGUCGGUUGUUUCUAUCAUUGAUGAUUAUAAAGCAUCUGGGGGGUCGGCUGCGUGGUCUUGCGCCGAUAACUCCGCCUCGUAG